CGCGGAGCAAUUGUCUGUUAAAACGUCAGAGUGCGCAAAGCCUCAUCCAGCGCGUUGCUCGGGGCCGCUCAUCCUCGAAACCGAGAAGCCGAGGGUACCCUCUGGCACUAAGCCGCACUCGAACGAUGCCCCUCGGUACAAUGGCGUCGCACGCAUCAACGGGCGACUCUGAUCCAUGGGACUGAGGUAUGUAGCCGAGCGUUGCCGUGCUUCGAUUUUCCUCGUGGACCUGCAUUGCUUCUGCACUUACACCUGUGGAAUUAUCUUGGGAAUUAUCUUGCAACUGCCGUGUGUUGGACAAGACAGCUGCUGUGUUCCCCGCAAGAGCUACCCCAGCUUUCCCCUCACAAGUCUGAGCUAUGGCCCUGGGCGCACGAAGUGCCGCGAGAGCUCUGCGAGCUACCAAGCCCUCAGCUCCUCGCCCUUUCGCUUCUGUGCAAGCAUGCAGAUACUCCUCGUCAUCCGAGCCAACACUGAAGGAGACUUUUGAGAGAGUCCUGCCUGCAAAGCGAGAGCUGCUGAAGAAGGUCAAGGCCCAUGCCGACAAGAAACUCGGCGACGUCAAGGUUGAGAAUGCCUUGGGUGGUAUGAGAGGCCUCAAGGCCAUGGUUUGGGAAGGAUCGGUCCUCGACGCCAACGAGGGCAUUCGUUUCCAUGGCAAGACGAUCAAGGACUGCCAAAAGGAGCUGCCCAAGGGCACAUCUGGCACGGAGAUGCUGCCCGAGGCAAUGUUCUGGUUGUUGCUCACGGGAGAAGUACCCUCCGUCUCACAGACACGCGUUCUAUCCCGAGAGUUGGCGGAGAAGUCCCAGAUCCCCAAGUUCGUCGAGCAAAUGCUGGACAACUUCCCCAAGGACCUCCAUCCCAUGACACAAUUUGCCUGCGCCGUCUCGGCGCUGAACUACGAGUCCAAGUUCGCGAAGGCUUACGCGAAGGGCAUCAACAAGGCUGAUUACUGGGAGCCUACAUUUGACGACUCCAUCAGCCUGCUCGCCAAGCUGCCCACCAUCGCUGCGAAGAUCUACCAGAACGCGUACCGUGGUGGAGGUGCCCUUCCCAACCAGGUCGAUCUUGACCAGGAUUGGUCGUACAACUUCGCUGCCAUGUUGGGCAAGCCCGGUAAGGAGAACGAGGGCUUCCAGGACCUUCUGCGUUUGUACCUUGCUCUGCACGGUGACCACGAGGGAGGCAACGUGUCUGCGCACGCAACACACUUGGUAGGCUCAGCUCUGAGCGACCCCUUCCUCAGCUACAGUGCUGGUCUGCAAGGUCUUGCUGGCCCUCUCCAUGGUCUCGCUGCGCAGGAAGUACUCCGCUUCAUCCUUGAUAUGCAGAAGGCUGUCGGCGAGAAGUUUACCGAGAGCGAUGUGAACCAGUACCUCUGGAGUGUCCUGAAGUCUGGACGAGUCAUUCCCGGUUACGGUCACGCCGUGCUGAGGAAGCCCGACCCGCGCUUCCAGGCUCUUAUGGACUUUGCUGAUGCUCGCCCGGAGGUCGCAGCCGACCCUGUCUACCAGCUCGUGAAGAAGAACUCCGAGGUGGCUCCCGGCGUGCUCACGGAGCACGGAAAGACGAAGAACCCCUUCCCCAACGUCGACUCUUCCUCUGGCGUGCUCUUCCACCACUACGGCUUCAAGGAGACACUCUACUACACAGCUACUUUCGGUGUCAGCCGUGGUCUUGGGCCGCUCGCACAGCUCAUCUGGGACAGGGCGCUAGGUCUGCCCAUUGAGCGCCCCAAGAGCAUCAACCUCCAAGGCAUCCUGGACCAGGUUGGUGCUUGAAAAGGUCGGGCUUGGAAAGGUGGAGCUCAAAAGCGGAGCUUCGGCUCCCGAAAAGGACAUGUUGUUGAUACCAAGUUUCCCGCGUUGAGCAGAAAUGAUUAGAUUGAAGAACAAACCUCACCUACCCUAUGCUCCAAUGCCUGUAACAUGCUUGUGAUUGUGC